CUCCCCCAUUCCAAACUCUCAUUAGCUUCCAAUCUAUCCAGUGUGGGGUGCAUUCGCUAUAAAAGCCCCGAAUUCUGAUAAGCUCCAACAUGCAUCGCUCUGAUAAAAUCAAAGAGGAUAAUUUAGGUAGGAGAUGAAGCCCUCGGAUACGAUAUGUAGCUCUCGUUACCUCCCUUCUUCACGUGACGAUCCUACUGAUUCCAAUCUCUUGCCUGCCAUGAACCGUAGCUUUCAUCAGCUUCAGCCUCUUCCUCUACUGAGCAGCCUCCUCGGUUCAACUCCAUUUAGCUCAAAACCUUACCCUACGACUGACCAUGAUGUUGGCGAGGAGGAUGUCACAGUAGCCUUACACAUAGGACUCCCCCACAAUUCCAAUGCUGCUUCUUCGGGUCCAAAUGGAAUCAUCAGUGAAGCCCAGGCACCCAGGAACUACUGGAUACCAACCCAAGAACAAAUACUCAUCGGAUUCAGUCAUUUCUCUUGUCCUGUCUGCCUCAAAACCUUCAACCGCUACAAUAAUCUCCAGAUGCAUAUGUGGGGACAUGGAUCACAGUACAGAAGAGGGCCAGAGUCGCUGAAACGAACACAUCCGAGGCCGUUGUUGGACGUUCCAUGCUACUGUUGCGCAAGAGGAUGCAGGAACAACAUAGAGCACCCGAGGGCAAAGCCUCUGAAGGAUUUUAGGACGCUGCAGACACACUUCAAGAGGAAGCACGGAAGCAAGCCCUUCAUGUGUCGCAAGUGUGGGAAGCCUCUGGCUGUGAAAGGAGACUGGCGAACUCACGAGAAGAAUUGUGGCAAGCGAUGGCUUUGCGUCUGUGGCUCUGACUUUAAACACAAGAGGUCGCUUAAGGACCAUAUCAAAGCAUUUGGCUCUGCUCAUUACCCUCUCUCUUCUUCCUCCGAUGCCAUCUGAUGAUUCAUUAACCACUUAAUUUUCCAUGCAUUUUAUUUUCGUCUUCCUCGACAUUGACCACUUUGUUUCGAGGUAUGCA